UGUGUUGUGAUGUCAUCAGAUCAGUCAUUGUUAUUUUUGAUCAAGUCCAUAAUAUUUCUGUCUUCUUUCUAUUUCUAUUAAUCCAUUACAUUCUUUGCUGUCUAUGGCAAAGAUUUAGUGUGUUUUAAAACUUACAUUAGAGGCGUAUUGGUUGAAAUUUUCAGUUUUUUGGCACUAUCAAGUCAAUGCAGUUUGCCUAAACAUGUCUGUAAAUAUUCCCGAGUGCCCUCCGAGCCUGAAGUCAAUCCAGCACUAUUUAAAGACUGCUGCAGAGCAUGAUACCAGGGAUCCAGUCGUAGCCUACUGGUGUAGACUCCAUGCCUUGCAAGUAGGACUAAAAAUCACAAACAAGAAGACACCUGAAGAGACAAAGCUGCUUAUGGCUUUAAUGGACUGGUUAGAAGAAUGCAAGAAAAUCAAUAAAGAUAAUGAUGCAAUCAUAAAUGAGGUAGCAGCACAGGCCCAUCUUGAAAAUUAUGCACUCAAGCUGUUUUUGUAUGCUGACAAACAAGACAGGGAACAAAAUUACGGAAAGAAUAUAGUAAAAGCUUUCUACACAGCUGGUAUGAUUUAUGAUGUUCUGACUACGUUUGGAGAGCUGACAGAUGAAGCAGCUCAAAACAGGAAAUAUGCCAAGUGGAAGGCUGCCUACAUUCAUAACUGUCUCAAAAAUGGAGAGACUCCAGUUCCAGGACCAAUGCAAUCAGAAGGUGAUGAAAAUGCAGAGGGCACUGCAAAUGAUGGUCAACCUGACGCCGCACCUGCGCCCACCGCUACGGAUAUGCCACAAGUGCCGGGAUUCACUACAGUCACUCCAGCAACUCCACCUGUUGCACCAUCAAGUUUUAACAGUUUCCUACCUGAUCCUAAUGCGGCAAUGAGAGCGGCAUCGCAGCUUCCUCCAGUGCCAUAUACCCCAGAUCCAAAUCCUGGUGGCUUUGUGCCCUAUGAUCCAUCUCAGCAACCACAGCCUGUGCAGCCCCCAGCCAACUUAUAUGGUGAUAAUAGAGUUGCACAGUUAUCUCCAGAUCAAAUAGCUAAAGCUCAGAAAUACUGUAAGUGGGCUAGCAGUGCCCUCAACUAUGAUGAUAUUAAAACUGCCAUCGGCAAUCUCAAGAAUGCUCUAGAACUACUUCAAACUGGACGUGAUCCUGCUUGAAUUAGCAGUACAUAAUAAUUAUGUGAUAUUUACUGUAUGUACAUUUUUUAUGUUUACUUUAUGAAAUAAUGUUUAUGGUGAAUUUAAAUGCUUAUUAUAGAUAACAUUAUUUAUAUGUAUACAUCAUAUUAUCAUAAGAUUUUGUAGGCUUGCACGCGUUGAUACCUGAAUACAAGGCAGCUUUAAAAA